ACAGCCCUUCCUGAUGGACAGAGACAAGGAAGAAGGAAGUGCUCUUACUGACAGAAGCCUCACCUGCUGAACUUUGAGGGCGAGGCCUCCUCUCUAUCCACUGCAUAAAAGGGCCACAAUGUCAGAGGCAGCAUCACACAAGCUCCAGAGAGCAUCUGAACCCUGCACAGAAAUCAUCACAAACCAGAGAUGCUUCUUUCUGUUCUUUUUGUGAUGGGCAUUAGCCUGGUGCCUGCUCAAUCCAAGCCUACAGGUGAGACUCUCGGCAGUCCAUUUGUUCAGCAGUGCUUUGAGGAGGCCAAGAAAAUAGUAGAUGAUGCAUACAAAUACUCCAGAGAGGAGAGUCUAAGGAGAGUUCGUAAGGAAGUAGUGAGACCCCAUGAUGCCUUGCGUCUGCUGAAGCAGCCCCGUGGUGACACCCGCUCUGCCGUGAGGUCCGCUGACUAUAUGGCCCAAACGCUUCGCCUUGUCCAUGACAAGGUGCAUCAUUUGCACAAACGUUCCCUCAACGCAACAGAUUUGCUCACUGAAGAAGACAUUCUGAAACUUGCUGAGAUAAGUGGAUGCGCAGCACAAGCCCGACUUCCACAGUGCCUCACCAUACCCAACCUGAACAAGUACCGCACACCCACCAGUGUCUGCAACAACUUAAAAAAUCCUCGGCUUGGAGCCUCCAACACCCCCUUCACCCGCUGGCUGCCCGCUGAGUACGACGACGGCAUCUCUCAACCCAAAGGAUGGAACAGGAAAAGAACAUUCAACAACUUUGUGCUCCCAUUGGUACGAAAAGUGUCCAACAACAUUCUGAGCAUGACUGAUGCAAGCGUGGUCAACGAUGGGGAAUUUACCCACAUGGUCACUCUGUUUGGCCAGUGGAACGACCACGACCUCAGUUUCACGCCGUUCUCCCCCAGCAUCCGCUCCUUCACCAGCGGCUUGAACUGCGAUGAGAGUUGCGAGCAAUCUGAGCCUUGCAUCCCCAUCCCUAUCCCUCCUGGUGACCCCCGCCUGCCCUCCCGCCCGGACAGCUGCAUCCCCGCCUUCAGAUCUGCCCCCGUUUGUGGAACAGGGUACUCUGCCUACAACUUUGGAGGAGAGCCCAACAAGAGGGAGCAGAUCAACGCACUCACAGCCUUCCUGGACUUGGGACAGGUGUAUGGAUCUGAGGAGAAACUGGCCCUGUUCCUCCGUAACCUCAGCAGCGAUGCUGGUCUGAUGCGAGUCAACACAGAGUUCAGAGACAACGGCAGAGAACUGCUGCCCUUCCACCCCAUGCAGGUGCAGAUGUGCGCCACUCGCAGAAAAAUCACCAAAGACACCAAUGCCCAAGAAGUGCCGUGUUUUAUCGCAGGUGAUGUUCGUGUGGACGAGAACAUCGCUCUGACAUCCAUUCACACACUGUUUGUGCGAGAACACAACCGCCUUGCUCGGGGGCUGAAGAACCUGAACCCACACUGGGACAGUGAGACGCUCUACCAGGAGGCCCGCAAGAUCAUGGGAGCUUACACACAGAAAAUUGUGUUCAAAGACUACCUGCCUCAUAUCGUGGGCGAUGACGCGAUGAGGAACCAGCUCGGCCGAUAUCCAGGCUACAAUCCUGACAUUGACCCCAGCAUCGCAAACGUCUUUGCAACAGCAGCUUACCGCUUUGCUCACUUGGCAAUCCAACCAGCUCUAUCCAGACUGGAUGCAGACUACAGGGAGCAUCCCCAGUUCCCCAGUGUGCCCUUAUAUGAGGCCUUCUUCACCCCCUGGAGAGUGGUCUUUGAGGGUGGAAUUGACCCUGUGCUGCGUGGUCUGUUGGACCAACCCGCUAAACUGAACACCCAGGAUCAAAUGUUGGUGAAUGCUUUGAGGGAGAGGUUGUUCCAGUUCGUGCAGCACCUGGCUCUGGAUCUUGGUUCUCUAAACAUGCAGCGAUCACGAGAUCAUGGCAUACCUGGCUACAAUGCAUGGCGGAAAUUUUGCGGCCUGUCCCAGCCUAGCAACCUAGCGGAGUUGACCGAAGUUUUGAAAAAUGAAGAGCUGGCUCGCAGACUGUUGGAGCUCUACGGGACGGCUGAUAACAUGGACGUCUGGCUUGGAGGUGUGGCAGAGCCCUUCGUGCGCGGCGGUCGAGUGGGGCCCCUGUUCGCUUGCUUGAUUGCAACCCAGUUCCAGAAGAUCCGCCAGGGGGACAGGCUGUGGUAUGAGAACCCAGGCGUCUUCACUCGAGGCCAGAGGGCUGUUUUGGGUUCAGUUAAACUGUCCAAAAUCAUCUGUGACAACACUGACAUUACAUCGGUUCCCGUGGAUGCCUUCAAAGUCGUCUCAAGAACAAAUAGGCGGGUUCUCUGCUCCAGGCUUUCUAGUCUUAACCUGUCACCUUGGAGAGACAGAUCCUGUGGCUUCGGUGAAAACUGUGUCGGGAAAACAUAUCAAGAGGAUUAUUAUGAGGAGGACCUAAACAACAUAGAUUUAAAUGAGUUGGAUCAGACUGACCCUCAGGUCAACCCAGACCCUCAGGAAGACCUGGAAAACCUGAACAAUGAGAUCCAGUAGAUCAUCAUCAGAACCACACAGUCUGGCUUCUUGGUUCUUGUGAGCAUGUGCAGCUCCUCCUCAGUCAUGAAUUUUACAACAAAACAGAACUGCAUCCACAUGGACUAGUCGGUCCACGUGUCAUCCGAGGGAUCAGUUCAUGAGAUUUUGUCCCACUUGGCAUUAAAAGAUGAAUUGUUGCGAAGGACAAAUCUCUAAAAGUUACCUAUUGGAAAUCGUUUGCCAUUUUGACUCAGCAUAUGUUCAACCAUAAAAUUACAUUUUUAUGUUAUAUUUUGGUUUACAAAAUGAAUUUACAAAAAUGGCAUUUUGAAUAUGAAUGAAUCAGAUCUGCCAAACCAUGUUACAGCUUGCAUUUUAAAAAGAUUUCUUUUGCUUCCUUCUUUCUUUUUGGACAGUUUUAAUGAUUUACCAGAGUUUAAAUAAAUGUUUCAUGCUUGAAUUAGAAAUUAAUUUUCUCUAGAUGAAUUCUCGGUCUGCAUUGUUUUACCUCAGUCAUUUCAUUGUACCUUGUAUUUCACAUCCUGCUUUUAAUAAAAUAUUAAACAG